AUGUCGCUUCUUUGUAAUACUGGUGACUGGUUUACGUUAGGGCAGGGAAAUGCCUUUAGGAAAAUGGAACUUUAUAACAUGGAAUGGCCGGCCAGUAUAAAUCUAGAAUGCAUGGUAGUGCAUGCAGCUCCGUACGGUGGCCCGAUUGCUGUUGUGAAAGAUCCAAAGCUGUUCAUCAAAUUGGACGGUGGGACUAGCACAAGACCCAUCAUUAGGGUGUUUAACUGUGUGGGCAAAUUAAUAUCAUCAAUUAAUUGGGAUUGCGGUAAUCUCGUCACCUUGGGUUGGUCUGACUCGGAAGAAUUGAUCGGUGUGCAGGAUGACGGUACCAUCUUCAUACACGACAUGUUUGGGAACUUUGUGCACAAGUUCAGCGUUGGAAAGGAUGUGACGGAUGUGGCGGAUGCAAAAAUAUUCACUUCCGCGUCCGGUACCGGUGUGGCUGUCAUGACAUCUGGCUUUAAAAUCUAUAUCUUGAACAACAUAAAGGACCCAAAAUCUCGUCCGCUGUCUGAGCUGCUGAAUCUUACAACUAAUCUUACUUGCUGGGAAAUGGUUUGUAAAGAUCGUACGACUAGCUGUUUGCUAGCGGUUGGAAAUGAAAUUACCAUUGUGCGACAUGGGGACAACGUUUUCACCAACCACACACUAACAAUGAGGAACGACUUCCAGUCGAUAAGCUUACUGUCCGUUUCGUUUGAUCAUGAACAUGUUGCCCUACUCACCAAUACCGGUUGCCUAUGGAUGGGUUCUUGGGAUCUAAAGCACAAGUACUGUGAGUUCGUAACGGGCCGGCAGGAAAAAGCGAACCAACUGGUGUGGUGUAUCGACGGAACCCCCAAGUAUGAAUCGCAAGCGGUGAUUGUGAGCUAUAUGAACCUGAUACUGAUCGUUGGUGCGACCGGUGAGUCGAGCGUUUACACUUAUGACUCACCAAUGACGCUCAUCCCGGAGAUGGAUUGUGUACGGGUCCUGACGAACUACUACCAUGAGCUCGUCCAGAAGGUACCGCCCAGUACGAGCAAAAUAUUCGGCAUCAACAUCUCCGAACCGGCGAGCUUUCUGUUUGAGGCGCAUCGAAAGUUCCAGGAUCGCAGUCAUCAGUCGGACGAGUAUCUGUGCCUGAUCCAGAACAAACUGCCUUCAGCGGUCGCGGACUGUAUCGAGGCGGCGGGGCAUGAGUUCGAUCCAAACACACAGAAAAGUCUGAUCCGUGCGGCGUAUUUUGGCAAAAGCUUCAUCGCCGGGUACAAUUGCAGCGAGUACAUCACGAUGUGCAAAACGCUGAAGGUGUUGAACGUGUUGCGUGACCGUGACGUUGGCAUACCGAUCACGAUACAGCAGUUCAACCAUCUGCAACCGGUUGUUAUUUUGGAUCGUUUAGUAUUUCGAAAGUACUACGGUUUGUCUAUACACAUUGCAAAAUAUAUGAAGCUACAAGAAACCCGCAUAUUAGAGCAUUGGGCAUUCCAGAAAAUUAUCCACGAUAAAAAUGACGAUGAGAUUGCUCGUAAAAUAGCAGCAAAAUUUUCCAGUGCGGGUCUCCGGGAACCGAUGUCGUACGCUAACGUGGCUGAUAAAGCGCAACAAAUCGGGAAAACCAAGCUUGCUAUUACGCUACUCGAACUGGAGACGAAAAAAAAGCUACAGGUGCCGCUGCUGCUGAAGCUAGGUGCGAGCGAGAAAGCGUUAAUUGCCGCCACACAAUCCGGUGAUAUCGAUCUCAUCUACAUGGCGAUACUGGAGAUGAAGAACACGUCCGCACUCGCCAAGUUCCACAUGACGAUCCGUCGUUACCCGUUGGCCCAAAAUCUGUACAAAAAGUACUGUCAGCUGAACAGCCUUUCGACGCUGAAAGACAUACAUUCCCAGGAGGAUGAUUUCCUGUCGCAGGCAGAGCUGGCGCUCCGAGAAGCGCUACAGCUCGGCAAUCUGGACGCUUCGAUACCGGGCAUCAGCGGCAACUACCGGAAGGCCGGAAAAGCGAUCGAAGCCGACUUGGCGGAUGAAACGAAGAAGCUGAUCCGGCACCAGAAGCUGCUGCAGGACAAGUAUCAGAAGGAUUUCUUCGGGUUGCCGCUGCACGCGAUGGUACGGAAGUUACUGCAGCUCGGCGAUCAGCGUUACGCCGAAAAGCUAAAAAGCGAAUUCAAGAUGUCCGAUCGGCGGUACUGGUGGGUACGGGUGCAAACGUACGCCGACAACUACCAGUGGGAAGAGCUGGAGAAGUUUUCGAAAGCGAAGAAAAGCGUUAUCGGAUACGAACCGUUCGUUGAGGUGUGCCUAUCGAAAAUGAAUGUAUCAGAGGCGAAAAAGUACCUCCCGAGGUGUACCGAGGAAAACAAACUGAAGUGGUAUUUAAGGGCAGGCUGUUAUGCGGAUGCAGCCACCAUUGCGUUCAUGCAGAAGGAUAUCGAUAGCUUGCUGAAGAUACACGACCACUGCAACGAUUCUGCCCUAAUGGCAACGGUCGAGAACAUGAUCGGGCAACUGUCGAGCAAGAAAUGA